AUGCAAGAAAGCGCCAAUUCUGUUAUCUCUCUUCCUUGCUCUCUCUCUCUUUCUCAUUUUACCUUGCUCUCCUUUCCUUUGAUCGCUUCUUCUAUUCUCACUUACCCUCUCUCUCUGUUUUGCUCUCUUUUUCUCUAUUUCCCUAACGCUCACAUUUUAUUUUCAUUAAUCUCUCCCGUCUCUGUUUUGCUCUCUCUUUUUUCUCUUUCUUUUCGUCUCUCGUUGCUUUCUGUUGAUCUCUCAUUAUCUAUUCCCCUUACUCUUUCCUUCUCUUUCUGUAACAAUCUGCGUUCCUCUUUCUCUCUUUUCUCUCUUUCCUUUACGCCCUUCUUCUCUUUUUCCCUUGUUUUCUCUGUUUCUCUUGUUCUCUCAUUCCAUCUUCUCUUUAAUCUUUCCUUCUCUUUGCCCAUUCUCUUCCCUCAUCGUUUUCUAUUCUCCCACUCACUCUAUUUUUCUUUACCUCUCUCUUUCCUUCGCUCUUUCUCUAUUCUUUCUUUUACUGCUUCGCAAACCAUUAGUCAUAAGUUCAAUUCUUGA